UUUGUUUCAAUAUGAAUUUGUUUCGCACUUAUUAGGUACUUUAAAUAUGGCGUGUAAAAUAUUCAUCGUUAAACUUUUUGCAUGGUUAUAUCCAUUCAAUACCCUUGCUAUUCUUAUUCUUAAACAUACACGAUUUUUUACGCACCUGGCGUUUAUUUGUGCGUCCGCUUGUUUCAUGUUGAUGUAUGUUCGUUUUACAUUUAUGUCUGUUGGUUUUACUUUUUUGUUUGAUUUGUAUUUAGAUAUCUUUGAAUGAUUUUAUGCACAUUUAUUUUGCAGAGAAGACUGUUGGUUUUGCACUCAUGGUCAUUGAUAAUAUUAUUUUAGAUUGCUGAAUUUAGUUUAUCGUUGAUUUUGUAAAAAUGUAUUUUUUGCCCUUUCCGCUGCCCAUAUAUAACCCUUAUAUUUAUAUAUGUUUACCUCUGACCAAUUUAUAUGAAUAUUUUAUAUGUUAUUUUUGUCCUCAUGUACAAUAUGUUUGAAAUGUUUUUGAGCGAAUAAAUGAACCUUCAAACUACUGGAACUUCGAUUUAAUGAACAUUCGGGCCACUGGGCAGACCUCAUUUAUUGGGACGAUCUAAUUUUAGUCCAAUGUCGAGAAAAUCAAAUGUCAUAAGCUAUUGACCUCCUAUGUCACUAGAAGGUGAAUAUAAUGUUCUGGGUUUUUUACCAGAUAGUUGGAUUCAGACGCCUAUGUGACCCCAUUAACAGAGCUAGGGAUUAAUCAAUCAUAUAAUAAAAUAAAUUAUAAGAAUAGAAUGUCCAAGUCCAUCUUAAUUGACUGCGAUGCUGGAAUUGACGAUGCCCAGGCGCUGUUUUUGGCCCUCUGCUCACCGGAAGUCAAUGUGAUAGCGAUCACCGUCGUCCAAGGAAAUGUCCUCCCUAAACAAGUGUCAGUCAACGUACUGCGCAUACUCCGUGUGGCAGACCGGUUAGAUAUUCCUAUCUAUGUCGGAAGCGAUAAAAGUUUACUGGACAUCGACCGACCCCACGACGACAACCCCUACCACGGCCGGGACGGACUGGGGGAUUCGCCGGAUCUGGAACCAGUCGACGAAUCUCUCAUCAAAGCAGAAACGGCAUCGAACGCAAUAGUCCGUCUUUGUCGAGAACAUCAAGGUAGUUUGACGCUGGUGUGUUUGGGACCGUUAACCAAUGUAGCCACAGCACUAAGACAGGACCCCUCCCUCGGAAAGAAUCUACAACACUGUGUUAUAAUGGGCGGUAAUUACUACGGGAAAGGAAAUAUGACUGUGUGUAGUGAGUUCAAUUUCUUCUCCGAUCCCGAGGCCGCAAAAAUAGUUCUGACACAACUAGAGGGUCCUAUAACAGUGAUUGGGAUGGACCCCUGUUACGAAAACGCCCUCACCUGGAAAGAAUAUGACAAGCUUCGAGAGACAAAAUCAAAGGUUAACGAUUUCUUGAGACGCAUAGAAGAAAAACUUUUCCAAAAAUUAAGGACAGACAUGGACUGGGAGAAGUAUGUCCCUUGUGACGAAUUUGCCAUGGCUGUCGUCAUAAACGAAUCAGCAGUUGUCACAGAGUUCAAAGAAGUUUACGCAACAGUUGAGGUCAAAGGUGAAUAUACUUACGGGAUGAUGGUCGUCGACUGGGGAAGGAUGUUAAAGAGACCCAAUAAUGUGAGAUUGGUGACGAAAUUUGACAACGAGGAGUUUUUGAAAAUGUUGUAUAGACCUGUUAACUGGAAGUAACCAUCAAACAGCUUCACAGACCUCUUAAUCGGAAGUUGAGAGUCUUUUGCUCCAGAUGCCUUAAAUUUACAUGUUAUAUAUGAAGAAAUGUGUUCUUUAAUCUUGUUCUCUCUAAGUAGAUUUCUGUACAUUGUGUAAAAAAAUAAACCUCACAAAACAAAUGCACUAACAUCACAUAAUGACAA